GAUUCGCACGGUCGCGCGUCUUUUUUUCUGUUGGCGCUGUUUCGCUCGGUGGUGAAUCUUUGUGUGCAAUUCAUUGUGCGUGGAACAAGCAACAUUUGCGCUUGCCAGAUUACGAUCGUUCCGUUCGUGUUCGAUAUUGUCAAAAAAUAACCGCACGGGAAAAUAAUCGUAAAGCUAAUGAUGUUUGAGCAUCGUUUGUCACUUGCUGACAGUCCAGGGCCAUCGUGCCGAACUGGAACUGGACAAUAGUGACCGAGAGAAAGAAAAAAAAACGCUUCUACAGUCGGCAACGAAAAAAUCAGUGUCGAUAUUUUUCCAUUCCUGUUCGUGUCUGCAAAGCGAGCGAAUCCACCAACCCGAUCAGAUUGCGCGGUGUUUCCAUUCCGGGUUUCAACUCUGAUCUAGCCCGAGUGCUGGGUGCUGCCGUGUGUCGUAGUGUUUGUGCCUCUCGAAUGUUUGUGUCGGUGGUUUGUUAUUGUUGCCGUUUUGGGGCCAUUCAUGAAAAAGUAUGCCGAGUGAGCGAGCGGCCUGCUGCAGCACCAUGAGAGGCUGCAUCUGAAGCGGUCAGCUCAUCAUCGCAGAGACCGACCGACGAGCGUAGUGUUGGUGGAAAACCGUUCGAAAAUCAUUUCCCGAAAUGUUGGUGAAAAAAAUCCGGGGAAAGUAAUGUUUUCUGGUUGUUUUGGGAAGAACGAAAUCGGAGUUGAAGCUAGAAGUGUGCAUCCAACCGCACAAUCGGAUUCGAUUUACAAAAGUGAAAAAGCUCCCCACCGUCUAGGCUAUUAUGCAUCUCAAAUCGUGUAAAUGAAGAGUAUUCUAUGCUGCCAGCGAGAAAUUAAGUGCGAGUCGUUUCAACACAAAGCGCUGAACAGCAUGCAGUGCUAGUCGGGAAGAAGAUCCAGAAGGGAAGAUAAAUGGUGGCGAUGAAAAGCCUAUAAAACUACGGGCAUUACAUCAGAAUCAACCAGCUGAGUAUAACCGCGAAGUAAGAUUGGAAAAAGAAGAAACAAAAUCAAAUUAUAAGAAUAAACAGUUCUGGCACCGGAGGAAACGCACCCGGCUGCAAGAACAAGAACGGGAGAACGGCAAUAAACUAAUUCCACAAAACGUAAUCAAACAACAGUUAUUCGGCGUAUGUGCGUAGCGGAAGGGAAACGUCCGGAGCCACACAGUCAAUCGACGAGUCAUCAGUCAGGCAAAAGAUAACUCUUCCAGUGCUGCAAGCAAUACGUGCAACAGAGUGGUAAUCUAACACCCAAAAACCCAAUCUAGUGAUCCAAAGUGAAGUGAUGUACUUAGUCGCAGUUUUCCAUCAGUUUUUCAGUGUUAAUGUAAGUAACCAGUGAAGCAUUCAUCGAUGUUCAUUAAUACAUUACUAUUCAUCGUGAAUAUACGAAAUAAGUCUAAACCAACGUUCUUUUCGUCGUCAUAAAUGUCUAGCCAGUGCUUCUCGUAAAAAAAAAACGUGUUAAAAAGUAAAAUACAUAUAAUUUUUAAGCAAAGGCUCCAGUGAAGUCAUCUGAUAUUGUGAAGAAUCUCCCAUACUCGAAUGAAAUUUCUGUCGAAUCGAAGAGAAGCCAAUCCCAGCAAUGUAAAAAACACCUAACCUAAAAGUGACGUGAUACAGUAUUUGAGCGUGUUUACGUUUUGUCUGUCCUCCCGUGUCAAAGUGUGUAACAUUCAGUUGAACGCAGUUUUCCACAACAACUGUGUAGCGUGUAUAAAUCCAUCGUCCGAAACACAAACCAAUGUUAGUCCUGUGUCAUCGCGCACGCAAUAAUUCCAAAGUGAAAAGCGAAACAGAAUAAUAAUCUCAACGUAUCCCUGUUAGGGGGCACAACAAAAGCCGAAAGUGAAGAAAGUUUGUUUACGUGCGUGGGGCUGAGUAGUGCUGGACCCGAAGUCGCUUUGAAGCAGCAGUGUCUAGUCCAGUUGAGAAGAGAGGAGGCGAAAAAAAGGUGAAAAUUUACGACCAGUGUUUUAUCGUCAAGCUGCUGCUAGCGCGAAUAAUUGCAACUUACUGCUUUGUGCCGAUUUCUUUUCACCGACAUUAGGCGACGAUGAAAACAGAGUUGGCUUUAAUUCAGCAGAGUUACUUCCACUAAUAGUUUAUCGCUGCUAGACGGUAGACCUCGUAAACAAGCAGCAGCAGCAGCAGCGGUGGCCAGCUAUUAGUGGGCCUUCCAAAAGUUGUUGAAUUGCGGUUGGCAUGACCUGUACGAAGUGGGUUGCCGUGUAAAUUGAAGAUAAUGGACGUCGAUGCAGUACCAAUUAAAGAUUCCCGCAGGGAUUUCUGAACCGGGACGAAACGUGUUAAAACAGCGCAUAACGAGCGAAGGCUUAGCCAUGAUUCUUCGAUUCAAAGACCACAGCAAGUUCAAGAAGAAGAGACUGGCCAUCACUAGAAGCCGCUCCGACAAAUGAAUCUCCCGACGUAGGAAGUCUUUCCAUUUUUUUAUGUGCCUUCCUAAUUUUUGGUUCCGAUCCCAGAAAAGUAUUCAACACAAGCAAUCUUAAAAAACUCUCCAGUCCAUCAGGUCAUGUACCGAGUAAACAUUGUAAGCACAAAUCCGACCGGAAACGUACAGCAGCAGCAGCAGCAGCAAACGACGAGCAGCCAGCAACCGCCGCAGCUGGCGCUGGUUCAGCAGCAGUCUACGGGCGGAAUUCAGACAAUCACUGCCACCACAACGACCAUCAUCGGACUGACGGCGCUGAAUGCCCUCAAUGCCAGCACGAUCACCGGUCUGGCGGCGGCAGCAGCAGCAGCAGCAGGAGCAGGCGGCAAUACGACCGGUGCGAUCGUCACCACCACCGGUGGCGCUAGUAACACAGUGACGAACACUGGCAACCACUUAACCGCCACCAAGCAUAUCCUGAAGGCGGCCUCCAACAAUAACAACAUCAGCAUUGUCAAGAUCGGCGAUGAAAUCAUGCUGAAGGCCGUCAAAGUGGAACCUUUACCGGCUGACUCCGGCGGAGGUGGAGGAGGAGGAGGAGCAACCAGCGCCACCUCCAGCGGAGUAACCGUAACUGCCAUACCCGCCUCGGCUCCAACCACUUCCAGUGUGCCCACCAAUGGUCAGGUGAUCUACGGUGGAAAACGACGGCUGGAAAGCAAUGCCGAGGAAUGGAUAUCGUCUCCUAGUCCGGGCAGUGUGCCAGGCUCCGCACCGCCCCUGAGCCCUUCGCCCGGCUCCCAGAGCCACACCUACACGACCACGAUGUCCAAUGGAUAUUCGUCGCCGAUGUCCACCGGAAGCUACGACCCGUACAGUCCGAAUGGGAAAAUGGGUCGCGAAGAUCUGUCGCCUUCCAGCAGUCUGAACGGGUACUCCGGUGACGGCAACGAUGCCAAGAAGCAGAAGAAAGGUCCGACCCCGCGACAGCAGGAGGAACUGUGUCUGGUGUGCGGGGAUCGAGCGUCCGGCUAUCACUAUAAUGCGCUCACCUGCGAAGGAUGUAAAGGCUUUUUCCGACGUAGUGUGACGAAAAAUGCCGUCUACUGCUGCAAGUUUGGGCAUGCGUGCGAAAUGGACAUGUACAUGCGACGGAAGUGCCAGGAGUGCCGGCUCAAAAAGUGUCUCGCCGUCGGCAUGAGGCCCGAGUGCGUCGUGCCGGAGAACCAGUGCGCCAUCAAGCGGAAGGAGAAGAAGGCGCAGAAGGAGAAGGACAAGCUGUCAACGAAUGCAACCGUUAGUACAACGAACAGCGCCUACAAAGCGGAGAUACUGCCGGUCUUGAUGAAAUGUGAUCCACCGCCGCAUGCAGCGAUACCUCUUUUACCCGAAAAGCUGCUGAAUGAAAAUAGACUAAGAAAUAUACCUCUGCUGACGGCGAACCAGAUGGCCGUCAUCUACAAGCUUAUCUGGUACCAGGACGGUUACGAGCAACCGUCGGAGGAAGAUCUCAAGAGGAUAAUGAUCGGCUCACCCAACGAGGAGGAGGACCAGCAUGACGUGCACUUCCGGCACAUAACGGAAAUCACAAUCUUAACAGUACAACUAAUCGUGGAGUUCGCCAAGGGACUGCCAGCAUUUACCAAGAUUCCACAGGAGGACCAGAUCACGCUGCUGAAGGCCUGCUCAAGCGAGGUGAUGAUGCUUCGGAUGGCCCGCCGCUACGACGCCGGCACCGAUUCGAUCCUGUUCGCUAACAACCGAUCGUACACGCGAGACUCCUACCGGAUGGCCGGCAUGGCGGAUACGAUCGAAGACCUGCUGCAUUUCUGCCGCCAGAUGUACUCGCUCACGGUGGACAACGUGGAGUACGCCCUGCUGACGGCGAUAGUCAUCUUCUCCGACCGGCCCGGUCUCGAGCAGGCCGAACUGGUCGAGCACAUCCAGAGCUACUACAUCGACACGCUGCGAAUCUAUAUCCUCAACAGGCACGGCGGCGAUCCGAAGUGCAGUGUGAUAUUCGCCAAGCUGCUGUCGAUACUGACCGAACUGCGGACACUCGGCAAUCAGAACUCGGAGAUGUGCUUCUCGCUCAAGCUGAAGAAUCGAAAACUGCCGCGGUUCCUGGAAGAGAUCUGGGACGUCCAGGACAUACCACCCUCGAUGCAGGCGCAGAUUCAGCAGUCCCAGCAACAAUCCGGCUCCGGUUCCGGUAUCAAUAGCAGCAGUAGCAGUAGUAGUAGCAACAGCAGCAGUAGUAGUAGUAAUAGUUUACACGGGCAGCAUCAGCAAUUAACGCCAAAUCAGCAGCAGCACAGUCAGCUACAGCAAGUUCACGCCAACGGCGGAAGCGGCGGUAGUAGUGGUGGCAAUGGUGGCAGCACUGCGGUCUCCGCCCUCGGCAUGCUCGACCACCAGGUAUAGCUAGUGUAGGACGCGGUUUCCGGACCAGUUUCCAUUCCACUGCUGGCCGGCGAAACCGAAGCGACGACCGUUGACGCCCAAUCCGUCGUUCCCUUCUCCGGGGACGAUAUCUUAUUUAUCGUAGAAAGUUAAGGCGAUCCGGUCGCUUCCAGUUUUUUUGCUUUCUUAGUAAUGCCUUUUAUUUAUUUCAUCGACUUGUUUUUUUUUUUAAAUUCUUACUAUUUCUGUCAGAUUGCGGGAUCCAGAACCGUGCGACAGCAAGUGACUGAAUGAUGUCUGUUUUGACUCUAUCUCUAUGCUAUUGCGUUUUCAUUUGACCACUUUCGAGAAAGUAUUCCACAGACGAGAAGAAGGAAUCCCCGCAAGCGAAAGACAAAACAAACUCGCAGUUUUUUUUAAAUAAAGUGUACUCUUAACGAAGAUCGUGUUUAUACUAAAUAUGACUUCUAUUACGAGAGAUAAAAAUUUAAAGAAACAAAUCUGGCGAGCCGCAUGGGCGAGUGCAGACUGCAGACAGAGUAAAAAAAAUAAAUACACAAAACGAGAAAAUACUACACGCGCUUAACAGUGUAAGUUUACAACAAUGUAGCUGGUAAGGAAAAGAGAUGAAAGAGGAUCGAGGUUUGUCGGUUUGGAAGGUCCAAAAGUUGAAGUCAAAGUGUGCAGAGAGGGGCCCGCUGGUCGUGCUCGGAAGAACAAAAAAAAAAACAGAGAGAGAAAAAAACAUAACAAAUGCUGCCACCCCCACUUUUUAGCCCAGCCAAUCCAAAUGGGCACUAAACACACACAUACACACAUACAUGAACACAUUGUGAAACAAGAGACUUGCCACUCACUACUAUCGGCGGCCGCAUAGAAAACUUCUCGUUCCCUUUGGUUUCUACAACAGGUACGGACUGACACUGGUUGACUUUGAGAUCACUGGCUUUGUGGGUGGGGGAAGGGAUGAUAAGCCGGAGGGAACGAGUGAGUUGAGAUCCACUUAAAACACGGAGCGGCGCCCACCCGACCUCUUUCGUAUCGUUUGGCUGUGACUUGUUAAUAUUUUUAAGAUGAAACUAUAUUAAUUUAGAGGAGAAAAGAGAAGAAAUAAGAGAAAAAAAACAGAACAUACAAACAAACAUACAUAAUUAACAAACAAGCAUAGUAGACGCAAACCACUCAAGUACACGACGAGAAAGUAAAAUAAACAAAACAAAAGAGGAAGAAGAAGAAUAAGAUGAAGGAUAAGAUGUGUAAGUAGGGUGAACUGAUGCUUCAGGACACACGUUUAGCAGUUAGGGAUUCGAAUAGAGGAGAAUAAAAAAAAACAGAAUUACAUAGGAUGUACAUUUUUUUCCUAGGUUUUAAACUAAGCUAGUAGGCAGACAGAAAGAAAAAACAAUGUGAAAAGCUGUAAGUUAUUAGUUGCAUUAAGAGCUGAUAAAACCUGAGAGCAUGAAUUGCGCAGUGAGCUAGAGUUGCGGAAAAUAGUAACAACUAAAAACCCACUAUCUCUUGUAGCCGGUAAGUUGCGAGCCUGUGGACUUUUCGCCCACCAAUCGUUUCGCCCCCACGGUCUCGAACCGUUGCGUUAUUCAAGCAGCGGGAGUGAACGAAUCCGUGAGCGGCAAGCGAAGCGCGUUUGGGAGUCGGAAAUCCACGGUUGGAAGGUUGGAACACAGAGCAGAUCUCUUACGUUUGACCUGCUUUUACUGGAAAUUGUGCUCGGCAGAGUUUUGGAAUGUUACAAUUGAUUUCGAUUGAACUCGAAAAUUAUUUCAACUAAUUUUACUGUCCCGAUUGAGCAGUUGAGAGAGCGAAAAUUUGUUUUUCCUGUACUUGUUUCAGUUGUGAUGACUGCGGAAUGGAAUGAAUGAUCGCGCACAACCGAGAAAAAAAAACUGUGUAAAUAUUAAUUAAUGCUCGUUGAUGUUUGAUUGUGCUAGGAGAACAGAAGUUUCCAGUUUCCAGAGUCAGUCGUAAUCUGUUCCCGUUUUCUCCGUUUGUUUUCUUUUAAUUUUUUCUAGUUUUGUUUUUAAGCAAAACACAAGUUGAGGAAACGAUUGUAGUGUAAAUUUAUUUCUGUAGCUAAAGUUAGAAUUCUUUGUUUUUAGUAAAGUUUUUCAAGUGAACCCCGGAUAAAUAAGAUCUAUUCGAAGCUAAAGUUUUUUUCUUUUUAGAAAAAAAAAGAUGUACUAACAUAUUUCGUCGUACGUGCGUGUGUGGGUGCGUCUGUCGAGUGAAUGAAUGAAUCAAAAUAUCGUAACAAAAGAUCAUUUCGGCAUUGAGGAAGGCAGCUGCUAAAAAGUUCUUCAUUUUUUUUGUGGAACAAUCUGCUAGACCAGAAUGCGAGCGAUCUGUGUGUGUGUUGAUUUGGUUGGUGCGCUUGUGUUGUUUAUUUUUAACUAAUUCGGGACACAGAAGCAUUUCUAGAAUAAUUACCUUGUUUGUUGCAAAAUUAUGGCCUCUAAGUUUACUUCUGUUCUGGGCAGCAAACAGAAAACAGAAGCAAAAAUCAAGAACAAAUUCGCACGUAUCAAAACUAUUUUUUAGUAAAUUUUUUUAGCGAUCCAUUCAUAUAUUUUGAUUGAAUGUUUCUUAAGUCAACUGAUGAAGUAAAACAGCAAAUUAGUCAAUUAACUGUUCGUUUAAGUCCGGACUAAUAUUUCCGCCAGUUUUGAAAAAGCAGACAUACAAUAUACAAUGUAGCGAACAACAAAACAGAAAAGCAGCAAAAAUAAGAAUACACAAACGAUAAAACAUGGGAUCAGUUUCAUUAGUAGAAUCAACUUGUCUUCACACAAAGUAAUGAGAAAUAUAACAACAACACGAAAUGGAAGGGAUAUUGGUUUUUUUGAUGAAGAGUAAGUCUCGGAAACGGAGGUGCCUUUAGUAAAGAGUAAACAAAAAAAACAUACAAACAUACACAGAGCAAAAAAAAAACCUGCAAGGUAAAACACAGAGAGAGUUAGAAAGUGCGAGAGAGGGCAUGCGAGUAUUUCGAUGCGUAUGAUAAAGAAAAACAGGCAAGUAGAAAACAUACACACAAAAAGAGUACUGACUUUUAUAAAAACAAAAUCGAAUACAGAGAAAAAGACAGAGCAGAAGUGCAGUUUGUUAGAUUAGCAGUAGUAGCACAGAAAACCCAGAUGAAAGGUAAAAAAAAUCCAGGAACCAGUAAAGUAACCUGUUGAAAAGUGGGCAAGUUUAAACAGAAAAAAAAACGACUGAAAUGGUAUGCAGAAAAAACAGAAAUUAAACAUGAAACCAAUACGAAAAUUAAGUAAAAAAUAAACACACACACAUACAAUUCACAUACACACAGAAAAACAGUUGAUUAGUAAAGCAGAUUGCCGCAAAUUGUGCGAUGGUUGAGAGCACGGACGAUGAAAAAUGCAGUAAGACAAAAAAAAACACAAAAUGAGUUGACACAUGAGAGCAAAGAUAGGAACGGUGUUGUAUAUUGGUAGGUGAGAGUGGGGCGAGAUGGGGAGAUAGCGAGCUGUGUUGACGGAGUUGAACCUGUGUCCGGCCGCCGCUGCUCCUCGUUCUCCUCCAUCGUCCGCCGACCGCCGAACGCAGAUAUGAGAGCAAACGGUGAGUGAAUAUUCGAUACUAAGAAAGAACUGGGAUAUGUGCAAAAUAAGAAAUUUCUCAAAACCUAUUAAUAUUUGUAUUAGUUACUAUUAUUAUUGCUAUAUUAUUUUAUUUUAUUUUUGUAAUAAAAUAUUUUUUAACAAUUUG